CUCGAAAUCUCUUUAUUAACUCACCGUCACCGAAGUGGGUGUAGUGGCCUGCCCUCCGAGUCCCUCCCACUCUCCAGCCUCUCCUCGUCUACCAUCGUGGGGUGGCUGACCUGAUCAGCAGAGCUUUCUGUGCCUCUCGAGUACUACACUCUCUGCAGUUGCAGUCGCGGUACUCAAUUUUAGUAGCAGUACUCUCAUCUAUUUGCGCUGGAGAGAAUUGGAUCGGAGGCGGCGUGUGUAAGCAGCAGCAGCGGUGUUGGACGACCCACUCACUGACUGACUUUGUGGGGAUGUGACUGGUUGAUGUGAAGGACUUAGAGUGGGUGCCCACUCAAGUCGACGAUUCUCUUAUCUAACUUCUGAUCAAUUACUGAUCAUCUGGGUGUAUUGUACACCCCCUGAAAUUUGCGAAUGGAAGCUCUUCAUUUUACACCCCUUACCUUGCACCGUCAACCACAGGCCGCGCUGAGUAUUCACGACAGGGGAAUAAGUACGAAAUCUCACGAGUCAUCCGAUCAGGGAAAACGCGCGCUCGGAGUUGUGCGAGGGGGAGUUGCUACUGGAUCUCAGGCUGAUUCGUCAUUCGGAAGCAGGCAAUUGCAAGCAGGAUGCAACUUUUCGGGUCUCAGGAAAACUCGAGAGUUUGUGGAAUGUUCGAAGAGCCGUAAGUGUAGGUCGGUCAAUCGAUACUGGUGGGAGUCUCUGAGACAGAGACAAUCGAAAUUUUAUUUUCUACCUGUGAGAGCGGGAUUAUCUUCCGCGCCGGUAACAAACCAAGGAUUGUACGAUCCUUCUUUUGACAAGGAUGGGUGUGGCGUCGGCUUCAUUGCCAAGCUCUCCCAGGAGCCGAGCCGUGACAUUGUUAAAGAUGCAUUGGAAAUGCUUGAGCGCAUGGCUCACAGAGGAGCCUGCGGUUGCGAAGAGAACACUGGAGAUGGCGCUGGAAUUCUCGUCGGCAUUCCGCACACAUACUUCUCCCAGGUUGUACCCGAAGAUUUAGGAUGCGACUUGCCACCUCCGGGGGAUUACGCCGUGGGUAUGAUGUUUCUGCCUACUUCAGAGAUUCGUCGAGAGCACGCUAAGAAGGUGUUUACCGAGGUAGCUGAGGCCCUUGGUCACACGGUGCUGGGAUGGCGCCGCAUUAAGACCGACAAUUCGGAUUUGGGAAAAUCGGCCAUUCAGACCGAGCCUGUUAUUGAGCAAGUGUUCCUCACUUCAAGCACACUUUCGAAAAUCGACUUUGAGUCGCAGAUGUACAUCCUGAGAAAAACUUCAAUGUUGGCAAUCCGGGCUGUUCUCAACUUGAAGCGAGGUGCUGCCAAGGAUUUCUACAUCUGCUCUCUUUCAUCUAAAACUGUUGUGUACAAGGGACAGUUGAAGCCCAACCAGCUCACGAACUACUACUACGCAGAUGUCGGUGACGAGAGAUUCACCAGUUUUAUGAGUAUUGUACACUCUCGAUUCUCUACCAACACUUUCCCUAGCUGGGACCGGGCCCAGCCUAUGCGCAUGCUCGGCCACAACGGAGAAAUCAACACACUGCGAGGAAAUGUGAACUGGAUGCAUGCUCGCGAGGGUCUUUUCAAGUGCAAGAACCUAGGGCUUUCCCCGGAGGAGCUCAAGAAGCUACUUCCAAUUGUUGACGCUGGUUCUUCUGACUCUGGUGUGUUCGAUGGGGUCUUGGAGUUAUUGGUGCGGGCUGGACGCUCUCUCCCUGAGGCUGUCAUGAUGAUGAUUCCCGAGGCAUGGCAGAACGACCCUAAUAUGGACCCCGAACGCCGCAAUCUCUAUGAGUACUUCUCGUGCAUCAUUGAGCCCUGGGAUGGGCCAGCCCUUGUGACAUUUACGGAUGGAAAGUAUCUCGGUGCCACACUUGACCGAAACGGACUACGACCUGGACGUUUCUAUGUAACUCACGAUGGCCGCGUUAUCAUGGCCAGUGAAGUAGGAGUUGUUGAUGUAGAGCCCGAGAAUGUUGCCCAGAAGGGCCGUCUCCAUCCCGGUACAAUGCUCCUCGUCGACUUUGAGAACCACAAGGUGGUCGAUGGUGACGAGCUUAAAAAACAACAAUCGUCUAGGUAUCCUUAUGGAGAGUGGCUUGAACGGCAGAGCUUUACCCUGCAGGACGUUGUCAACUCAGUGUCAGAGAAUCUGCGAGUGCCUCCCGCCAUUCUUGGUGAUAAGAAUGUGGCUAGUCCCAAUUUUUCUGCGUCGAACAUGGGAGUAAAGGGGUUGCUAACACCCCUCAAAGCCUUCGGAUACACCAUGGAGAAUUUGGAGAUGCUGCUUCUUCCAAUGGCAAAAGAUGGAUCGGAGGCGUUGGGAUCCAUGGGCAAUGACGCUCCAUUGGCGAUGAUGUCCAACAGGCCUAAGCUCGUGUUCGAGUACUUCAAGCAGAUGUUUGCUCAGGUCACUAAUCCGCCAAUUGAUCCAAUUCGGGAGGCCAUUGUGACGUCCACUCGGUGCAUGGUUGGUCCUGAACACGAUCUGACCGAGACUGUCGAGGAGCAAUGCAAUCGUCUCUCCUUAAGCGGCCCGCUUCUCGAUCUCGGGGAAAUGGAAGCAGUGAAGAAAAUGGAGUACCGCGGCUGGAAGACCAUGGUUGUCGAUACCACCUUCGAUAAGUCUGAAGGCCCUGCAGGCCUCGAAAGCGCUCUCACCCGUAUAUGUGCUGAAGCUCGCAAUGCUGUUGCCGAAGGUUACUCCAUGUUGGUCCUCUCCGACAGAGCAACAUCGGCUCAAAGAGUACCAGUGAGCUCGUUGUUGGCCACUGGAGCUGUGCACCAUCACUUGGUACAGUCGAUGGAGCGUACUCGUAUUGGACUUGUGGUGGAAUCCGCCGAACCUCGUGAGGUGCAUCAUUUCUGCACACUUGUUGGUUUCGGAGCCGACGCUAUCUGUCCAUACCUGGCGAUUGAGACCAUUUCCAGGCUUCAGGUCGAUGGAAAGAUCCCUAUGGAGUGGUCGAGGGAAGAGCUUGUGAAGAAAUAUUUCUACGCGAGUAACUCUGGAAUGCUGAAGGUUCUUGCAAAGAUGGGAAUCUCCACUUUGGCCUCUUACAAGGGAGCGCAGAUCUUUGAAGCGUUGGGACUUUCAUCGGAGGUUGUUUCGAGGUGUUUUAAAGGAACUCCCAGUCGUGUUGAAGGAGCGACAUUCGAAAUGUUGGCCAAGGACUGCCUCAGGUUGCACGAAUUGGCUUUUCCAGCGCGCGAAUCGCCAGAAGGUAGCGCCGACGCCAACGCCCUCCCGAAUCCUGGUGAUUAUAACUGGAGGAAGGAUGGUGAGGUUCACUUGAAUGAUCCCAUGGCCAUGGCCAAGCUUCAAGAAGCUGCACGAACCAACAGUGUUGAGGCCUACAAUGAAUUUUCGAAGUUGACACACGAGUUGAACAAGAAAGUAAACGUGCGUGGUAUGCUCAAGUUCAAAGAGCAGCCAGAGUCUACCAGAAUUCCUCUGGACAACGUUGAAUCUGCUGCGGAGAUCGUGAAGCGGUUCUGUACAGGCGCCAUGAGUUAUGGUUCCAUUUCCCUGGAAGCACAUUCAACUCUCGCCAUAGCCAUGAACAAGCUUGGUGGCAAGUCCAACACAGGUGAGGGAGGAGAAAACCCUAGGAGACUGGAACCACUCUCCGAUGGUUCUCAAAAUCCUCAACGAAGUGCAAUCAAGCAAAUCGCCAGUGGACGAUUCGGUGUGACCAGUUACUACCUUACUAAUGCUGAUGAGCUUCAAAUCAAGAUGGCUCAGGGUGCCAAGCCAGGUGAGGGAGGGGAGUUGCCUGGUCACAAGGUGAUUGGGGACAUUGCUGUCACUCGGAAUUCCACACCCGGUGUUGGCCUUAUCAGUCCUCCACCACACCACGACAUUUACUCCAUUGAAGAUCUUUCUCAGCUCAUUCACGAUCUGAAGAAUGCCAACCCUGCAGCCAGAGUCAGUGUGAAGCUGGUGUCGGAAGCAGGAGUGGGAGUUGUGGCUAGUGGAGUGGUGAAGGGUCAUGCAGAUCAUGUCCUCAUUUCUGGUCACGACGGUGGAACUGGUGCUAGUCGCUGGACUGGUAUUAAGAAUGCUGGGUUGCCUUGGGAGCUUGGUUUGGCAGAAACUCAUCAAACCCUAGUUGCAAAUGAUCUCCGUGGUCGCACUAUUCUUCAAACAGACGGACAGUUGAAGACUGGACGGGACAUCAUGAUUGCUGCCUUGUUGGGAGCGGAAGAAUUCGGAUUCGCUACCGCUCCUCUUAUCACCAUGGGAUGUAUUAUGAUGCGUAAGUGCCACAAGAACACUUGCCCAGUCGGCAUCGCCACUCAAGACCCCGUCCUGAGAGCGAAGUUCGCCGGACAGCCAGAGCAUGUCAUCAACUACUUCUUCAUGGUUGCCGAAGAGGCCAGGGAAAUUAUGGCUAAUUUGGGAAUCUCCAAAAUGGACGAUCUUGUGGGUCGCGCUGAUCUUCUACAGGUGGACGAGGAGGUCAUGGCGGAAAAUGAGAAGCUCGCCAACAUCGACCUCUCCUUGUUGCUGCGCCCCGCAGCUGAGAUCAGACCAGGGGCUGCGCAGAGAUGUGUGCAGAAGCAAGACCAUGAACUGGAGCUUGCGUUGGACCAGAAACUUAUUAGCUUGUCUCAUGCUGCGCUGGAGAGCAAGGUUCCGGUUUACAUUGAGAGCCCCGUUGUGAAUGUGAAUCGAGCAGUCGGUACAAUGCUCAGUCACGAGGUAACCAAACAAUACAAAUUGGAAGAACUUCCUACUGAUACCAUUUAUGUGAAGCUGAAUGGAAGCGCCGGGCAAUCUCUGGGGGCUUUUACGUGCAAAGGGGUCACACUGGAGCUCGAAGGUGACAGCAAUGACUACGUUGGAAAGGGUCUUUGUGGCGGUAAGAUCAUCGUGUAUCCUCCGAGGUCUAGCACAUUUGAUCCUAAGGAGAACAUCUUGAUCGGUAAUGUUGCCCUCUAUGGAGCAACCAGCGGAGAGGCAUAUUUCAACGGUAUGGCAGCAGAAAGGUUUGCUGUGCGUAACUCUGGAGCGAAGACCGUUGUAGAAGGAGUUGGAGAUCACGGAUGCGAGUACAUGACCGGUGGUGUUGUCGUGGUCCUUGGUGAGACUGGCAAGAACUUCGCUGCGGGAAUGAGUGGAGGUGUUGCAUAUGUGCUCGACAAGGAAGGUACUUUCUCGUCAACUUGCAACACGGGGUUAGUUGAUUUGGAUCCCGUGGAAGAGGAAGAGGACGUCAUGACUCUAAGGGCUAUGAUUCAGCAGCAUCAACGCCACACUAAGAGUCAGCUCGCAGGAGAAAUUUUAGCCAACUUUGAUUCCCUGCUUCCUAGCUUCAUCAAGGUGUUCCCCCGCGACUACAAGCGUGUGUUGAAGGAAAUCAAAGCUAAAGAGGAGGCAGAGAAAAUGAAAGUAGCUGCCGCUGCGGUAGCUGACGCGGGGCUUGCGGCUUCAGUUGCUAAUAGCGCACCAAAGGUUGAGGAGAAGGCAGCUCCUUCCACCAUUAGGCCUACCGAAGUCUCGAACCCAAUUAAGCACGGUGGAUUCGUGAAGUAUGAUCGGAAGCCGUUGCCUUAUCGACCUGCGGAAGAGAGAAUGAAGGAUUGGGGAGAAGUCUUGGCCUCCGACAACCAGGAUGGCCUCGUGAAGACGCAGUCAGCCAGAUGUAUGGAUUGCGGCACUCCCUUUUGCAACCAGGACAAGACUGGCUGCCCCUUGGGAAACAAGGUCCCUGAAUGGAACGAACUUGUUUACCAGAACCGGUGGAGGGAGGCCUUGGAUAGGCUUCUGGAGACAAACAACUUUCCCGAGUUCACAGGCCGCGUCUGCCCUGCCCCUUGCGAGGGAGCUUGUGUUCUUGGCAUUAUAGAGAACCCCGUGUCAAUUAAGACUAUGGAGUGCACGAUCAUCGACAAGGGCUUCGAGAAUGGAUGGAUGGUUCCAAGACCGCCUUUGAAGCGGACUGGGAAGAAGGUGGCCAUCGUGGGCAGUGGUCCGGCAGGACUUGCAGCUGCUGACGAACUGAACAAGAAGGGCCACUCCGUGACAGUCUUUGAGCGUGCAGACAGGAUUGGAGGUUUGAUGAUGUACGGUGUUCCCAAUAUGAAGACCGAUAAGGAGAAUGUUGUGCAGAGAAGAGUAAACCUUAUGGAAGCGGAGGGUGUGCAAUUUGUGACCAAUGCACAUGUUGGGGUGGAUCCCGUCUACUCGGUUGAAAACCUUCGGUCUGACUAUGAUGCUCUGUUACUAGCGACUGGUGCAACUAAGCCAAGGGAUCUUCCUGUGGAAGGUCGCGAUCUGGCUGGAGUUCACUUUGCAAUGGAGUUCCUACACAAGAAUACCAAAAGCCUGUUGGACAGCAACUUGGAAGAUGGACAAUACAUUUCUGCCAAGGGGAAGAAGGUAGUUGUUAUCGGAGGCGGUGACACUGGAACGGAUUGCAUUGGCACAUCUGUGAGACACAGUUGCGCUAGUGUUGUCAACUUGGAGCUUCUUCCUCAGCCACCACAAACAAGGGCGGCCAACAACCCAUGGCCUCAAUGGCCUCGCAUCUUUAGAGUGGACUACGGGCACGAAGAGGCAGCCACCAAGUUUGGAAAAGAUCCUCGCUCUUAUGAAGUCCUGACUAAGAGGUUCAUUGGUAAUGAGAAGGGAGAGGUCACAGGAAUGGAGCUUGUGCGAGUAGAAUGGAGCAAAGGGGCCGAUGGAAGGUUUCAAAUGACCGAGGUUGUUGGAUCUACCCAAAUCAUCGAAGCUGACCUUGUUCUUCUAGCCAUGGGUUUCUUGGGCCCUGAGCAAAACAUUGCAGAGAAAUUGGGACUUCAGACCGACGCCCGAUCCAACUUCCAAGCAGACUUCGGCAAGCAUGCAACCAACUCGCAAGGUGUGUUCGCAGCUGGUGAUUGUCGGAGAGGGCAGUCUCUGGUAGUGUGGGCCAUUGCGGAAGGGAGGCAAGCAGCUGCCCAAGUAGACAAUUACCUCAUGGUAAAGGAGGUUGUUCUGGAGCAACUGCCGUCAGAGGAGCAUAUCCGUGAGUUCAUUGCCACCAGUAGCGUACAAUAGCUGUAGCCAUAUGAGGGAGAAGUCCUCGUACAUGAGAUAAUAUUAUGUUCAAGAAGACAGUUUUGGAGGGUGCAUUGCAAUAUUAUAGCUCAAAUUAUGCUGAUGAAUCCUUUCUUAGGUCGGAAGCUAUGGAGAGAUUUAUAAACCAGUGGGUAGUGUUUUUGACUCUCGGGUGGCUGAGUUCCUCAUCCAUAACUGGUCGUGUACAGUGAAUUCUUCUCAAAGGAGAAUUAUUGUCCUUGUACAGUGAGGAAACAUUCCCGCUGUACACGCUUUACGGUCAUCUUCGGUUCUGCAAGUGUUCUUUUCUUUC